GAACUACGUGUGCGGUACCUGCAUGAUGUGUGCCUAACUGACUACGUAUGGUCAAGCAGAGCGCGUCCAUUCAGUUAAUCGUCUGCAUCCCGGUUAUGGGUGGUGUGCUUGAGCUGGGUACAACUAAUAGGGUGCCGGAGGACCCAGGCUUGGUCAGCCGAGCAACCGCAGCUUUCUGGGAGUCGCAAUGUCCGACAUACUCUGAAGAGCCGAGCUCCAACCCGUCAGCAAACGAAGCCGGCGAGACCGCAGACAUUGUUGUGUUCGAGGACCUCGGUCACAAUGCCAUGGUGGAGACGAUGACUGCCACAGGGGGACAUGGACAGGAGCUAGGAGAAGCUGAGGGCCUGUCAAAUGCAAGCCUGGAGCACAUGACGAAGGAGAUGGACGAGUUCUACAGCCUCUUCGAGGAAAUGGACGUGCAGCCACUACCACUAGAGGAUAGCUGGAUCAUGCUGGACGGGUCUAAUAAUUUCGAAGUCCCCUCACCGCCCCUGGGGGCUAGGGCUACUACUAACAACGUUGCCGACACCUCAAGCGCACCAGUUGACGGCUCUCGCGCGACCUGUUUCAUGCCUUGGACGACGAGGCCCUCGCGGUCCUACUCCGAUGAAGCGGCGGCAGUACCGGCCGUCGAAGAGCCGCAGAAAUUGCUGAAGAAAGUGGUGAGCGGCGGCAGAGCUUGGGCGAACUGUGGUGUCGGGGGCACGGUACGAACAGCCCAGGAAAGUGGCAUCAAGAAUCACGUCAUGUCAGAGCGAAAGCGCCGGGAGAAGCUCAACGAGAUGUUCCUCAUUCUCAAGUUGUUGGUUCCGUCCAUUCAGAAGGUGGACAAAGUGUCGAUCCUCGCCGAAACGAUAGCCUACCUCAAGGAGCUUCAGCGAAAGGUACAAGAGCUAAAAUCCAGUAGGGAACUUCUAUCGCGCCCAUCAGAAACAACAGCAAGGCCUACAAAGCCCUGUGGCAUUGGUAGUGAGAGUGUCAGGAAGAAACUCUCUGCGGGCUCCAAGAGGAAGAGCCCAGACUUCAGCGGUGACGUGGAGAAGGAGCACCCCUGGGUCCUGCCCAAGGACGGCACCAGCAACGUCACCGUCGCCGUCUCGGACAGGGACGUGCUCCUGGAGGUGCAAUGCCGGUGGGAGGAGCUCCUGAUGACACGAGUGUUUGACUCCAUCAAGGGCCUGCAUUUGGACGUUCUCUCGGUUCAGGCUUCGGCACCAGAUGGCUUUAUGGGGCUUAAGAUACGAGCUAAGUAUGCAGGCUCCAGUGCCGUCGUGCCUUGGAUGAUCAGCGAGGCUCUUCGUAAAGCUAUAGGGAAGCGAUGAACUCAUGAAUCGAAGCGAAGUUGUAUUUCUUGCAGAGAAGGGCCUAAAAUCGUGAUAUGCAACACAUUUUUAUCAGGUGUUUUGCAGGGUUCUGCACUUUUGGUUUUUGUCAAGAAAAAGAAGUUUAGAUGGAAGCAUCUUAUCUUACUAUUACUAAUUAGAGGUCCCAACGAAGACAUCACGUUAACUCUCACCAGACGUGUUAGGAAAAAACAUAAAUCCUAGAAUAAUCAGAAACAUCCGGCCAUUAAUUUAGUAGACUCUAAUCAUCUCUCCGAUAAUAGCUAUUGGAUCUAUUGUACACCUCUGCCAUUAUGAAAAACUUACUAUCACUAAUUGGAGGCCCUAAUGG